CAGAGCUUAACAGAGAUUUUGUCAUUACAUUACCACUCACUGCCUGAGCCUGGCCGUGGUUUCCAGGGAAACUGGAAAUCUGAAGCUUUUCAAUAGACACAGCCUCAGUUUAGAGAGCGAGGAUUGCCUAAGAUAGAUUCUUCUAGAGACAAACCUGUAGCAACUGCAAUCAUUAUCAAUCAGCAAGGGAGAUAUACGGAGAGAUGUGUGCCUCGAUCUGCGCCGAGAUUUACAAUGUUUGACCUGAAUGCCAGGAUGUGUUAUGGAGAGACUUCAGUCUGACUUGAGGUGCUGCUUUUACACACAGACAGAAUGGGAAGCCUGAAGGAUGACAUGAAGGGUCUCAGAGAGGACUGCCAGCCUUGUGAGAAGACUGCUGAUGGAGAGCAAAUGCACGGCUCAGACAGCAGAGCAACACCUCAGGGGGUUCAGAUGAACACCAGUCAAGUGUCAGAGAUUCAAGGGGAUCGUCAUACCAAACUCCACUCGAGCUGUGUAGAAGAGAGCAAUGGGGAUCCAGUGUCCAAAGAGUCUGUUUUAUCAAGACAGGGUCUCGAUAUCGAUGACCAUUCAGGUUCUCAGGAGCGCACGCAGACUGAAAGUGAAGAAGACAAAUCGCCAACAGCUACACAGAAUGACGUGACAGUUGCAUCGCAGUCAGCGAGUAAUGAGUUCCUGAGUGAGGUUUCUCCUGGAGACAGAAGAGCUCAGAUGGAUCAGGACCCAGAUAAAAAGCUGGAAACCCACGGCAUAUCGGUUCCCGUGCCAUCUACUCCGGAUGUAUUUGACCCAUACUCCCCAGCUCCAUUUGGACAGCACCACAUGCGCACACAGGUCAACCUAGAUGUGGUGCAGUGUCGCUCGGCGGCGACAAGCCCCAUGACUCCUCCAGGAGGUGGCAACUCCUUCUUCUUCCCAAGCUCCUUUGGGAAAUCUGGUCCUGUGGGUUCAGGCAGUAAAGAUGCUGAGCUGCAGGUGGGCCAUCAGGUCGAGUUUUGCUCUGUUGCGACCUCACCCAUGACCCCGAAGACUCCCAUGACCACUGCUUUCCCAGAGCUUGUAGGAAAAGAGACGCAGCAGAAGAUGAAGGGGGAAAGCAGAAGUGGUCAAGAGAAGAGAUUCUCUUUAACGGAGAGUGCGACAGAGUGUCAGUCGGAGCGUACCGAAGCUGAGCGUUCUGCAUCAAAGGAAGUGACUGCCGGCUCAGAUGCAUCUGCAGAGAGCUUCCCUGCAGGAGCUACAAAUUUACAAGUGACUCUGCAGGAUGGAAAUCAGCAGUGCCAGCAACAGAGGAUGAGAAGCAUGGAUCAAGAUAUUACAAUCCUGGUCACCCACCAUGGCAAUGAUGAUGAUGAUGAUGAUGAAGAUAAGGAGGAAGGAGGAGAGAUGGCUGAACCUAUUUAUCCCAUUGAGACAGAGAUGGUCAAGAUUGAUGUAUAUGAGGAAUUUGAUGACAACAGCAAGAAAACCAACAAUGUACAGAAGAACGAAGGGAACGAUGAAGCCAUGAAGAUCUCAGCAGGAACGAGCAAUGUGGAGGAUACCUCAAGCACAAAUGUGUCACACCAAGAACAGUCAGAUGACUCAUCUGAUGUCAAAGAAAACAAAGAUGCAUGUGUCGGUGAGGAGUUGAAAGACCUUACAAAGCCCCCUAUCCCAGAAUCCCCAGCUCCCUUCGGCUUCCACAACAUCCGCACGCAGGUGAGCUUGGAAGUGGUACAGUGUCACUCUGCAGCUACCAGCCCCAUGACUCCUCCUGAAGGAGACCAGGUUUUCUCCUUCCCAACUUGUCUUGGAAGAUCUGUGGCCAUGGCUACAGAGACUAAAGACGCUGAGAUGCAGGUGGGCCAGCAGGUGGAGUUUCGAUCCAUUGCUACAGCACCCAUGACCCCUAGAACUCCCACUGCCACAGCUUUUCCAGAGAUCCAGAAGGAAGCCAGCAUAGAGGAGAAGACAGUGGAGGAUGAAGAGGAGAAAAGAGAUGUAAAAGAGCAGGUUUCUACAAAGACAGAUGGAGAGGCCAAAGAAGAAGAGGAAAUGUCUAAAUCAGCUGAAGAAAAAAAGAACUGCAAAGAGAGAGGGUGAGGAGAAGUGUGAAGAGCCAGUGCAGGAGGUGAGCUGGGACGAGAAGGGGAUGACAUGGGAGGUGUACGGGGCGGUGGUGGAGGUCGCUGUGCUGGGAACUGCCAUCCAGAAACACCUGGAGAAACAGGUGAAGAAGCAAAAGAGGCAGCCCUCCAUGCCUCCGCCUCCGCCACUCAACCCCUCGGCCACGCCCGCCACCUCAGACUCAGCAUCAGGAAGUUCAGGUAAGGGCCGAGCAGGAAAGAGAGGAGACGGGAAGGUGAGGCGGCACAGGCGGAAUCCUUUCCGCUUACUGCUGCAGAAUAUGCAGCAGCCGCACUGCUGCACCAGAGCUCACAGCUCAGAGUGACUGAGGCCAUGAUUUAAA